ACGGAUCUUUGAUCUUUGGGCAUGUGCGGCAUGAACUCAUGCCCAUCCUUCUAUGGGGAUGGACGCUAUCCUGGCGAUGGCGGAGCCGCGCUGGAAGAGCUGUGGCAGCUGCUCCCAUGGCGGGAAAUCUGCAACUGCCCAGGCCGCUACACAACUUCAGACCGAGAGGCCCGUUUCUUGGAGCCAGUACAGCUUUUGCGGCGCCUUGGUUCGGUGCCUCGCCUGAUCCCGUUGCUACUGGACGUGCCCAACAAGGAUCGUAUUAGCAUGAUUCGGCUGCCGGGAGGAGGUGGCCUUCUCAGCUACUGCAAGGAGGGUUCGGUUUACGUGCACACCUUCAACACAGAAAGCGGCUUGAUUCGAAAGGUGGAUGCGCUCGGACUCACCAACUGGCGUUGCAUUCUGGAUCCAGAACCAGCUGGGUCCUGUGCAGAGGCCUGCAGUGCCUGCGUAGCAGUGUUACCCUUUCUGCUGGAUGCGGAAAAGCAUUGGCGUCAUCUUUUUUCAGACUUGGUUGAGAAGGCAAUGGAGCCUCUCCACUUCGCUGCCGCUGCAAUGCACCAGGGCGACGAUGUUUGAAGCACUAUGGCGAUCUUUGAAGCGCGAGGUGGCUCACGCUUUGCAACACCAACGCUGGAGAUGCAUGGAGAAAGAAA